GAGUCCCACAAAAGCAGCAGAGCACAACACCUCACCUCACCUCACUCCUUCCCCACCCAGACUCCUCCUUUCCCCAACCUCUCCCUCCAAAAAUCUGUCCCGCCACAACCGCGAGAUCGGAUCCGGGCACAAGCACCGCGUUUCACCGUCGCAGAUUUGGCUCCACUGAGCUCGCCUCUCAUCUUCCGGCGGUUUCUCUUGAUUCCAGAGGUUUGAUCCUUCCGGCGCGCAAACACUCAGUUCGCGGUUUUUUUGUUUUGCUUGCAAAAUCCGUCUCUUUUCAAUCGAUUCAUGUCUGGGCGGUCCUUGUUCUUGCUCACAAGAUCCCCUCCCCGGAGUGCCCUCCUCUGAUCCAGCCAACCGCGGCAAUCUCUUCGUCGUCGUCUUCCCGCCGCGAAGAUCCGAGCUUUUUUCUCUUGAUUUCUCGCCGGAGAUGGCACCGCCGUACAAGUCUCCGUACGCGCUGUCCUUCCUGCUUCUGCUCCUCUCCGUCCCGGCGGUGUUCUUCCUCGCGCCACGCCUGCUGCUGCCCAAGACGCUCCCGGCCAUCCCGGACGCCGACGAGACGGAGGACCUGGCGCUCUUCCGCCGCGCCGUCCUCCUCUCGGCCGCGCCCACCCCGCCCGCCCCCGCCACGUCAGGCUCCCUCUUCGGCCGCCGCGCGCACCAGGCGCAGCCCCCCAAGGUGGCCUUCCUCUUCCUCACCAACUCCGACCUCGUCUUCGCGCCGCUCUGGGAGAAGUUCUUCGCGGGGCACCACGGCCUGCUCAACCUCUACGUCCACGCCGACCCCUCCGCGGUGCUCUCCAUCCCGCCCACGCCCUCCUUCCGCGGCCGCAUCAUCCGGGGCAACAAGGCCACCGCGCGCGCCUCCGCCACGCUCAUCUCCGCCGCGCGCCGCCUCCUCGCCACCGCGCUCCUCGACGACCCGGCCAACCAGUUCUUCGCGCUGCUCUCCCAGUCCUGCGUCCCGCUCCACCCAUUCCCCACCCUCUACCGCGCGCUCGUCACCGACAACAAUGCCGGCACCGGCCGCCACCGCCACCGCAGCUUCAUCGAGAUCCUCGACAGCGAGGACACGCUGCCCGCCCGCUACGUCGCCCGCGGCGACGACGCCAUGCUCCCAGAGGUGCCCUUCGACCGCUUCCGCGUCGGCUCGCAGUUCUUCGUGCUCGCCAAGAGACACGCCGUCAUGGUGGUCAGGGACAGGAGGCUCUGGAACAAGUUCAAGGCGCCGUGCCUCGUCAAGUCCAGGGACUCAUGCUACCCCGAGGAGCACUACUUCCCGACGCUGCUGGAUAUGCAGGACCCUGACGGCUGCACCAAGUACACGCUCACCAGGGUCAACUGGACCGACGCCGUCGGUGGCCACCCGCACACCUACCAGCCGGAGGAGGUGUCCGGGGACCUCAUCAGAGACCUCAGGAAGUCCAAUGGCACCUACUCACACAUGUUUGCGCGCAAAUUUGCGCCUGAAGCCCUUGGGCCGCUCAUGGAGAUCGCCGAUUCCGUCAUCCUGCGUGGCUAGGCGCCGGAUUGUGUGUUCGUAGGGAUGAACAGAACAAGGUUUGUGAUGUGAUGAACAAGCGUAAGCUGCUCCAUUCAUCCCCCCUUGCAGUUUCUUCAGAGUGCAGCAACCAACCAGCACCAACCGAACUUUUCCUUGUUCCACCAGUGGCUGUUGUUGGCAAAGCGAUUUGCUGCUGCUCAUACUCAGUGAGUGAUGUGGUGGUGUUGGUGGCGAAGGGCCCCGACCGCCUCUUAUGUGAGUAUUGUUGUUGUGUUUCUUGGUUUUCUUCCUUCCAAGUUCCAACUUGAGAAGCCGUUAGUGCGUAGUGGGUUGUAGUUAGCACGAACGAUCAUCCUAUGUAUUAGAAUGGAGCCAACCUGUCAAUACAUGUAGUGAUGGUUUGUAGUAUGUGUUAUCUAUUUGCCAAAUGUCAAUAUCACCCUUUUUCUGAUUGUA